AUGGCGAGCCAGCCACCACUUGUCGAGCUGACGGCAGACAAUCGAGCGGGAACGAUUGUCGUGCUCUCAUACAUCCCUAUCGUCACUACAGUCUUUUUCUGUAUAAUUCGAGUCUCUGCCAUAUUUCUCCUGCGAAGGACACCAGGACUCGACGAUGGCCUCAUCGUCCUUGCCACGCUCAUUGGGCUGGCGCAGACAGUCCUGACAGAAAGGGCUGCUGUGUCGGGCUUUGGGCGACACAUUGACUCCUUGGACGAAGAUGCCCUCAGCGAUGCGAUGCGUUUCUGGUACGCAAGCAACAUUCUCUGGGUACUGACUCAAGGAGUUGCAAAGUUGGCCGUGGUCCAUACCCUGCAGCGACUGAGCAUCAUCUCCUCCACGCUUCGAAAGAGAUUCGUACCUAUUGCCCACGGUGCCACGCUGGUGUGGACGGUGUUCGCCGUGUUCGCACUGGCCUUCCAAUGUAAUGCGCCACGAAGCCUCUACCGCGCUGACGAAUGCAUCAACGGCGCCUUAUGGUAUCCAGUCAUCAUCGUCAACUUGCUCAGCGACUUCGGCAUCAGCAUCAUGUUUAUACCUACAGUGUGGCAGCUGCAGAUGCAAACUUCUCAACGUUUGACAGUCGUGUCGCUGUUCAUGGUCCGUAUAAUUGUGUGCGCAUUCUCCCUAGCGCAACUCGGGACACUAGCGCCUGUACUGACCAGGACGGACUUUACAUGGGGAGUAAGGAAUGCUAUCAUUAUGGCACAAUUCGUCAUGUGCUUCUCUAUACUGACGGCAGCCGUCCCACCGCUCCAUCGAGUCUUCCAGGAGCUACAUAGUGGCGGCUUCGCCAGCGACAUCCCUCUCACCGAACACGAACUCACUCAGAUGAGCGCCGGGUCUGGCAAUCGAUCGAGAAACGCGAGGAGCAAGGCAGCAUCGAAAUAUUCCAAGCAGCAUUCGAAGCAGAAUGGCAGCGCGCCCCAAUCUUCAGAAAACAGAGUCGAUUUUCGGCCAGACAUCAUGAGUCGCGGCGGGGCAGUUGUCACUGCUUCCAACAAGCCGGGGGAAGAUAAUUCUCGUUCCAGUCGAGAAGGUAGCGAGGACAUGAUCAUUCGUCGCACACAGACGUGGCACCUCUCGAAGAUAUAG